AUGGAUGCGGAAGAGUGUGGGAUGGAUGACGACGCCGUGGCAAGAGAAAAAGGGCACAUAUGCGCUGUUCGUGGACUAGAUCAUCGGAUGACGAGGUUUUGUAAUGGAACGAUGCCGGUCGAGACGAGAUCGCGACGACGAUGCACGCGACAGCAACGAGCGAUCGAACCACGUCGUGACAGUACUCGUACGCUUUCGCCGCGUGACACCACCAAGUGA